AUGUUGACCCAGUAUGCGAUCGAGUAUCGACCGCGACCAACAAUUAAAGGUCAAGCCCUGGCAGAUUUCUUGGUCGAAUGCACCGCUCGGGACACACGACCCCCGGAGGUCGAGGAUCCCGAGGCAGAGUGGUGGUCGUUGGCGACUGAUGGGUCCAGCAGCAAGAAAGGAGCAGGAGGAGGGGUCGUGGUAACAAGCCCGAAGGGUUUCAAGGUAUACUUUGCAUUGAUGUAUCAGUUCUAUCCGACCAAUAAUGAAGCCGAGUAUGAGGCCUUUGUCAACGGCCUACAAUGCGCUCGGAAUUUGGGGGCUGAUUACAUCCGGGCUCAGACAGAUUCUGCACUUGUGGUCGAGCAGGUCCUGGGUGACUAUGAAGUAAAUGGUGGGCGAUUACAAGCCUACCGGGACCUUGCUAUGGAGAAGCUCACCUUGUUCCGGGGAUACACCAUACAACAUGUUCCCCGACUAGACAAUGCUGAUGCGGACAUCUUGUCUAAGUUGGCACAAGACGCCCCAGAACAUAUGUCCAAGAUUGCUCGGAUUCUAGUGAUCCCGAGGCAUAGCAUUCACCGGUUGCCGGUCGCACCCAUCCAACCGGCGGAGGAUACUUGGAUCACAAAUUUGAUGGAAUACCUCCAGCACGGUCUGUAA